AUGCUUCUUCACGCAAUCCUCGAUCAUUACAAGCUUGUGACUUACGAUAGAGGUAAUGAAGAGAGAGUGAUAAAGAAUCUGGAAGGAAGAUUGAUGUAUGUCUUACCUGGUAGGAAAGGGUUGUCAGAACAACUGGAUCAAGAAUGCCAAGAGGGCAAAGAAUAUGAGGAAGUUAUGAACAAGCUGAAAGAGAUGAUUGUUUUUAGAGGUAACGAUUUGGCCGACGGUGAGGAUGGUGAAGUCGACAGUGAGGAGCAAGACUGA